AUGAAGUUCGAGCCAUUAUCGCUUCUCAUUAACUUAGGAACGCCUCUUCUGGCUAUAAAACGCUGGAAUGCGUUUAAAAACGCUUCCGCUGAUGUACUAUUCACAAUUUCUAAAUGUAUAGCUCGAGAUGCCAUACAUGUGAAUAAACAUACGUGGACUUUUUCCUCAUUCUGGAGAGUUAAUGGGCCCAGUAGAUCACAUCCACAGUUCUCAAACGGUUUCUUGAGCACUACUCUAUCGGAUGGUAAAUCCGGCAUCCUUGGUGAGCCGUAUGGUAACCCUUGGAAUCUUUUGCAUCUUGUGCAUUCCUUAAGUAUCCCUUUAAUUGUAGAGAUAGGUUUUUGCAUGUAA